GUCAUCCGGCUGGCCAGGAGCAGGGCCAAGAACAAAAGUCAGUAGCUGACCAGAGCCCAGGAGCCUUCCUACUACCGGGUCUCUGCUUUUCUGAGAAAGUGAAAGCCUCGAGCUCCGAGCUCCGUGAGAUGGAUGCCAUUUAAGGGACGCCACCUGGAGCUCUGCGUCUGCACCUGGGCUGUGUGGAGGGGGCCAUAAAUGGGUGAGAUGGCAGCCUCCCGUCUCUGGAAGCAGGAGGGAGCAGCUCCCACUUUGAAAGCGUGGCUCCUGUCUGCCGUCGGCCAUGGAUCGGUCGUGGCUGCUCCUGUUAGGGCUGUGGACAGUCGCACCACCCACCUGGGCUGGGGACGAGCUGCUCAAUGUCUGCAUGAACACCAAACACCACAAGCGAGAGCCUGGCCCAGAAGACCAGCUCUACAAAGAGUGCAAGCCCUGGCGAGGCAAUGCGUGCUGCAGGGCAGACACCAGCCUGAACGCCCACCUGGACCUGCCCUUGCUCUACAACUUCAGCUUGCACCACUGUGGGGUGAUGCUGCCAGGCUGUGAGAAGCACUUCCUCCAGGCCAUCUGCUUAUACCAGUGCUCCCCAAACCUGGGGCCUUGGAUCCAGAAGCUGGACUCGGGCGGGCCAGGCGAGCGAAUUCUGGAGGUGCCCCUGUGCCGGGAGGACUGUGAGCUGUGGUGGGAAGACUGCCGCACGUCUUACACUUGCAAAGCCGACUGGCACGGCUGGGACCGGAGUGAGGGCAAGAACCUCUGCCCUGCACAGGCCUUCUGCCACCCUUUCCCCCAUUACUUCCCCACCCCGGUUGACCUGUGUGAGAAGAUUUGGAGUCACUCCUUCAAGGCGAGCCCUGAGCACCGGAACAGUGGGCAGUGCCUGCAGAAGUGGUUUGAUCCUGCUCAGGGCAACCCCAAUGUGGCCGUAGCCCACCUCUUUGCCAGCACAGCCCCGUCCCGGGACCACCCCUGCAAGCUCCUGGCCUUCUCUCUGCUCCUGGCGUUCCUAUCCCCAGAGCCCCUUCUCCCACCCACAUUCCUCCUCUCUUGGGUCCUUCCUUUAAAUAGAGCAGCACAGUCUGGGGGCUGGAGACACUGAGGCUUCAGAAGCAGGUGCCAGAGCUGAAUACUCAGUUCUAGCCGCCCCCGCCCCCUACCAUCCCACUCUGUUCUGUUCUGUCUUCCUCUGCCUGGAAAGCAGCAGAGGCCGGAAGCGCCGACGUGACCUUCUCCCUUUGCCUUUACGGGGCCUCUGUGGACUCCAAUGUGGGGCUCCAAGCCCUUCUCGUCCAGGGUGUGCCCACCUCCUUCCAGGACAGAGCUGGCUGUCACCACGGGGCCUCCAAUAAAACUAUACUUGACCUUCCCCCUCCAUGUGACCCACUCUGUCCUAGCCCUACGGUUGGGGAGCCAGUCCACCUGCUGCACUGACAUCUCAGACUUGGCUGAGACCUAACUCCUAACAAUUAGCUUCUAACACCUCCUGGGGGGAAGACUUUCCACACCCCCUCCCCCCAGCCCCCAUAAGCCCUGUGCCAUACAGAAGACCCAAAGCUAGGGUAAUGACCACCCAGACCACUGGUUUAAUCUUGGAUACAGGAUUAAGUCCCCUCCAAUGCUUGAGGCAUUUCCUCCUCCUCCUCCUCCUCCUCCUCCUCCUUCUCCUUCUUCUCCUUCUUCUUUUCCAGAUUUUAUUUAUUUGAGAGGUCAAGCGGUGAGAGAGCACUUGACUGGAGGGGGGUGGGGGAGGAGAAGCAAACUUCUGGCUGCUGAGCAGGGACCCCUGA